CCGGGGUGGAUCGCUGCUUGGCGGACCCACUAAAUGUUUCUGCAACUGCGCAGCCACAGCGAACGAACGUCAGCCCGGCCCUUCGGCGAGGCGGAGCAUCUCGCCCAGCAACCUGGAAAGGGUAAUUUCGCCAAAAUCCGCUGCCUACACUACCUGAGGCAUUGGUCUCCUUCUUUUUCCAGUCUUGCAAUUAACAACAACUGCGCGCGUCGCUAUCAUCAGACAAUUCGUGAAAAUCGAUUGUCGAUUGAGAGCGCGGAAAUUGGGUCGACAAAACCAAAGGAAACGAGCCAGGGCCGUCGAACUCAGCUGUCAUGUCCUACAACCCCUACAAUCAGGGGCCGACCGCCGAGUCCGGCUAUGGCUACGGCCAGACGGAUCAGCAUGAGAUGCAGCCCUACGGGCAGUCAUACGGGCAGCAGUCAUACGGGUCGCCUCAGCAUCAAUAUGGCCAGCAAUACGGCCAGGAGCAGCCCUACGGAUCAGCGCAGCCUCAACAAGAACAACAGUACGGGUCGCUGGGACCACAGCGGGGGGGCGCGAACGUGCUGUCGCAGAGUGACUUCCUGAAGCGCGUGUCGGCCAUCCGCCAGGAGAUCCAGAGCCUGAAGGUCAACAUCCAGAAUGUCGCGACGUUGCACGGGCAAACACUUGCCAGCACCGACAACGCGGCGCGGCAGCAGCUCGACGACCUGGUGGCGGCGACGCAGCUGAAGAACACGAGCAUCCGCAGCCAGAUCCAGGAGCUCAAGGCCGACACGGAGCGUACAACCGACGGCUCCUUUUCGGUCAAGAAGUCGCAGUUCGAGAGCCUCAACAACUUUUUCAAGGACACGAUCCAACAGUUCCUGGAAGAGGAGAGCCAGUACAAGGAGCGCUACCGCCAGCAGAUCGCCCGCCAGUACCGUAUCGUCAACCCCGAUGCUACCGAGGAGCAGGUGCAGCAGGCGAUGGACGCGGACUGGCGCGAUGAGGGCAUCUUCCAGGCCGCACUGCGCACCAACCGCUCGGGCCACGCGUCGGCCGUGCUGGGCAACGUGCGCGCGCGCCACAACGACAUGCUCAAGAUCGAAAAGUCCAUCAUGGAGCUGCUGGAGCUGCUCGAGAUCCUCAACCAGCAGGUGGUCCAGCAGGGGCAGGUGAUCCAGAACAUCGACGACAAGGCGCAGGACACCAACACGCACCUCAACGACGCCACCAUCCAGCUCAACAAGGGCGUCGAGCACGCCCGCCGCGCCCGCAAGCUCAAGUGGUGGUGCUUCGGCAUCUGUGUCGCCAUCAUCAUCAUCGUCGCCCUCAUCGUCGGCUUGUACGUCGGCCUGAACAAGGCCUCGCAGAAGGCUUCUUCUUCUUAAUGAAGGCUGUGCGUUGAGACGACAUUUCUGCAUGGGUGCUGUUUGUACAUUGGGGGUGUUUGGUGGUGGUUGUGGGGCCCAAGUUGGUUGGUUGGUUUGAGCUGAGCAGACAUACCGAGGGUCUACCACCAUCUUUGCAGUCUCAAAUCGCGGAUGCUUC